UGGUGUAACAACAGCCCCCACCCUUGCACCACGACACCACGCCGUUCACUCCGAGUUGGAGAUACGCCGGUCUCCGUAGUCAUUCCCGAUAGUCAUAAAUAGCACAGCAUCUGACUUUAACAAUCUUACACCACAAGUCAUACGCUACAAUGAGCAUCCCCAUCGCGCAGAAACAAUCCCGGCACGAGUCCACCCGGCUGGACAUCGUCGUAAUCGGCGCCGGACUCGCAGGAGUCGGCGUGACAAUCUCCUCCCUCCUCGCCGGCCACAACGUCCAUCUACUCGAAAUCGCCCCCCAAAUCGGCGAAAUCGGCGCCGGGAUCCAGGUCCUCCCUAACAGCUCGCGGGUCCUCAAGCACUGGGGUCUUGAAGAGGCGCUGCUUAAACAUGCCACUGUGCCUACGCAUGUGAACUUCCGCGGGUGGCGCGGGGGUCUCAUUUCGGCGCUGGAGUUUCAGGAGUCGGAGAGGCAGUAUCCGGGGACUUGGUAUAGGGAUUUCCACCGGGCGGAUCUGCAUCUUUGUCUUGUUGACCGGGCUGUGGAGUUGGGGGCGAGAUUAACGACGAGUGUGCGUGUUGUGGAUGUUGUUCCUGGGUUGGACGGGGUGAGCUCUACGGCUGUGGCGGAUGAUGGGAGGGAGUUUGUUGGUGAUAUUGUCAUCGAUGCCACCGGCGUGUUUGGGAAGUUGUCUGAGCUGAUGCUGAAGAGGCCUGAUCCGCCUAUGAAGACGGGGGAUCUGGCGUAUCGGCUGCUGCUGUCGACGGAGGAGAUGGUUAAGGAUCCCGAGUUGAGGACGCUGGUCGAGCAGCCGCAGGUGAAUUACUGGCUUGGGCCGGAUAAGCAUGCAGUGAACUAUGUCCUGCGCAAUGGGAAACAGUUCAAUAUGGUUUUGUUGGUUCCGGAUGAUAUCCCGGAGGACUCGCUGGCCACGACGGUCAAGGGGAAUGUCGAUGAGAUGUGCUCGUUGUUCGAGGGGUGGGAUCCUCGAAUCGAGAAAUGCCUGAAACUAUGCCAGUCCGUGCAAAAGUGGAAGCUGUGCAUCCGCCUAGGCGAAUGCGAGUGGACGCACCCCUCAGGAUCGUGGGUCAUGAUCGGCGACGCAGUGCAUGCGACCCUGCCGUAUCUCGCAUCUGGCGCCGGAAUGGCCUUUGAGGACGCCGCCGUCAUCGGGGAGGUCUUGUCCCGCCUCCCCAACGACCCAUCCAUUAGCAAGAGGUCGCCUGAGUUUCUAGCCCAGAAGCGCCAUGCCCUCGCUGUCUACGAGACCUGCAGAAAAGAGCGCACGCAGAUGGUGGUGAAGCGCGGAAAUGUCCAGCAGUAUCUGUAUCAUCUCCAUGACGGGCCGGAGCAGGAAGAGCGGGAUAGCAAGAUGAGGAUGGUUCCGACGCCGGAGGGAGAGUGUCUGGCCUGGAGAGAUCCAGGGCUUGCCCCGAAGUUACUGGGAUAUGAUCAUAUUGCUGAUGUUGAUGAACACUGGGAUGCAGUUCCAGUGGAUGGUGUAGAGGAUCAGAUGGCGUCACGGCUUUAAUGUAUACUGUUUAAUCAUGUUAAAACAAUCAAGUAUGUUAUGUACUACUUUGGUAUUUGUACUCCAGUGAUGAUAAUACUAUCAAGUCCUUCAGCGCUUCAACCAGCCAUAACAGGAGAUGGC